CACGUAUGUGCUGCCUGUACAGAGCUAGAUAUAGUCGUAAGUUUCGCAUAAAUAGGCCCAAAGGAUACCGGAGGCAUCAGUUGAUCAGUGAUCUUCAAUUUGUUCGUUUGUCGCAACUGAAUUAGCGCAUUUGUGAAAAUUUAGUGAAUAUUUGGUGAAAACUUCUAUGCAAAAUAUUAUUAAAUAGAAUAGUUAAUUUUUUUCUUACAAAAUUUAUUUGAAGUUUAAAAUACCUAAUACCUAAAGGUUCAGAAUGGAAAGGACAAACUCACCAAAUUCUGAAUCUUCGACAUCUGACUAUGGCUCGAUUUCUGAUAUUUGUGGGCAUGUCGAAGAUCUUAAAAUUACAAACGAUGACGAAUACAAGCAUGUACCACCAGCUGGUAUGUUGGGAGUUUUUGGUGCUUUCAGGUCAAUCACAGGGCUGCAUCCAUAUUAUCCAUCGUUGAAAAUGAAGAUGGCACAGGAAAAUUCGUUUGUAAUGGAAGAGCUAUCUGAAAUCGACGAAGAUAUAGCAGACUAUUUAAAGUCAUUGAAAUUAACGCGCAGAAAUAUUUCGGCCGUUUACGAAAUGCUUCUACAAAUAGAAGAUUUGCAUAAUAUGGCACCGUAUGUUCAAAUGUAUUUGAAAAAUGUAAAAGUCACUCAAAUCGGCAAAACCGUUUCAUUUGAGAUUGAUGUACCUUCCGACGUAAAUGUACAGGCAAUUUUAAAUCCCGGAAAUGACGAAGUGGUCUUCGUGCCACUCUUAAGCUCUUUAGAGAGCAACCAUAAAUUGCGAUAUCCAAUCGAUUUACUGUUAGAACAUCCCCACGAAUCACAUGAAAAUAAUGAAAAUAUCAGACGACAAGUCUUUAUACUCGACGCAUUGCGGGGGAACACUGCAUAUGUACAGACAGAAGGCAUUAAUACCAGCCAACCAUAUGACAUAAUAUUUCGUCCACUUCGUAUGCAAUAUCGUUAUCAAUGUAAAGCUUUGGAAUUGUUGAACAAACAGCGGAUUGAAUACCUUUUUCCAAACAAAAAUUAUUAUACUCAGGGUAACACGGAUUUGGAUUUAAAUUUACUCAAUAAGAGUAUCGAAGGAAAUCCGGAACAAAUACAAGCUAUAGAACAGAUUGUUUCCGGUGCGAAUCCCUAUUCGCCUUAUAUACUUUUUGGCCCUCCCGGCACUGGUAAAACAACAACUAUUGUCGAAGCUAUAUUACAAAUCUACAUGCGUGAAACUUCGCCUCAUAUACUGGUAACAGCCAGCGCAAAUUCUGCAUGCGAUACACUCGCAUUAAAAUUGUGCGAACUUUUCACUACUAAUAAACAACUACAAAAUAUAGCACAAUCACGCCGCAUAUUCGAAGCUAAUACACAAAAACUGGUGAAUGUGGAUAUAUUGCGGGUAUUUUCGAGACAAAAUUGUACAAAAAAUAAGAACUCCUUACAUCCCCUUCUGCUCGAAUAUUCGAAUUAUAACAAUGAGAUGUAUUUGGCCCCAAGUGUUGAAUUGCUAAAGAAAUUUCAUAUAAUCGUCUUGACGCUCAACACCAUGGGCCGAUUGCGUAGAGGAACAAAGGGUAAUUGGCCAUUUACGCAUAUUUUUAUUGACGAAGCUGGCACCAGUACAUUACCGGAAGCGUUAAUUGCUAUAACGAGUGUCGAUACGCGUCAUUGUCGUGUAAUAUUGUCUGGCGAUACGCAACAAUUGAGACCGGUGGUUAAGUCACCAGUCGCUGGUGGACUUGGUCUCAAUCAUUCGGUAAUGGAACGACUACUUACCCGCCACUGUUAUCGUAAAACUGCCAAUGGUACUUACGAUAAAACAAUGCUGACGCUUUUGCGUCGUAACUAUCGUUCGCAUCCGGAAAUUAUGGGCUUAUAUAAUCGUCUCUAUUAUAAGGGUGAUUUAAUAGCUCAAGUGAAUAUGGAUAAACUAUUAAAUGUGGAAAACGUACCGCUUAUGAAAGAUAAAAACUUUCCCAUAUUAGUACAAUGUGUUCAUGGAAAACUUGGUACAAUAGAGAAUAGCAAAAGCUACUACAAUUUAGCAGAAGUUUGUGCCAUCGUUAAAAUUAUUGAGAAGUUGGAAUCUGAUCGUUACAUAAAAGUCACUUCCAAGGAUAUUGGUGUCAUCUCCCCAUAUAACCUACAGUGUACCAUGUUAAAAAAUAAAUUGCUCGAAAGGGGAAUAUUUGGCGUUGAAGUCGGCACCGUGGAAUUAUUUCAAGGACGCGAAAAACCGGUGAUAAUCGCCUCAUUCGUAAAAUCUAACUCCACUUUAGGAUUCACAGCUGCUAGAAAGCGCUUCAAUGUUAUCAUAUCUCGCGCACAAUCACUUUUGAUUCUGGUGGGAAAUCCGGAUACAAUGUCACAGUUUUCAGAUUUCAAAUAUAUUUUAAAAGAAUGCAAACGCUUGGGCACUGUUAUUAAAAGCUGUGAUUUGAGUGUGGAGUGGUGUAAUUAAUGCCGAUAAAAGUCUACUUCCCCUCCUCAUUAUUAGUAGUAGCACAAUU